AUGGCUUCUCGGGCCCUGCCGGCUGACGCAAACGUCUCGUCGUCUGCCGGUUCGGCUUCCAAACUGGACCACGUGCAAGGUCAAGUGAAUGAGGUGAAGGUCAUCCUGAAGGAUAACAUCGACAAAGUGCUAGAGCGAGGCGAUCGUCUGGAUGACCUGAUCGGUAAAACGGGAGACCUGCAGGCUUCGGCCGACUCGUUCCAAAGGACUUCCACGCGCGUGGCCAGGAAAUAUUGGUGGAAAAACAUCAAAAUGCUCAUCAUCAUCGGCGUCAUCGUGCUGGUCGUGCUCAUCCUCAUCAUCCUCGCCGCAACCAAUGUCAUAUAG